CGACGGCGAUCCGUAAACACGAAUGAGAAGUACUACUAAAAGACGUACCGCAUUCAUUCAUCAAGCACAUCUUUAAAAAAAAUACUUGAUCACAGCUAAGACAGAUAUUCACCUAGGAAAAGAUUUAAUAUCACGGAAACAAUUCUAUCUGUAUAAGAAAAAACAAAAUGACAACACUAUGGAUCUCUGUUCUCGCUGCUCUAGCGGGGAUCGUCUGCGGCCAGAACCAAGAUUUUGACCUAUCUCAGUUCGAUUUUAGCGGAAUGAACUUUGGCGGAAACCAGCCCGCUAACAAUGGUCCCACACAGCCCCCAGCGGGACUAGCCUUUUCAAACCAAGCUUCUGGAAACAAUGUACAACCACCGCCAAUGGGUUCUAACCAAGGCAACCCCAUGACGAUGCAGAACAACCAACAACCGAUGCUCAACAACCCACAGCAACAAGCAAACCAGAUGGCGUUCCCGCAACAAAACCAGAACAUGGCUGCCCGCAACCAAUUCCAGCAACCAAUUCAAUCUUCCCGCGUUAACACUGGGAGUUUAACCCCCGAAGAAAGUUGGUUAACAGUGGGAGGUUCUCAGAUGCAAAAUAGGAACCCUGCACUGAGCGGAUCCGUAGGUAACGGGAUGGCAAUGAAUCCCAAUGGACAGCCAGGAUUCCCCAUGCAAAACGGAUUCCCCCAGAACGGACCCCAAGGGGGAUUUCCCAACAACCCACAAACUGGCUUCAACAACCAAGGAGGUAGAUUCCCUCCCAACCAGGGCCCAGGGGGAGCAUUUGAACAGUUCGGAACCUCAGGUAACGACAUGUUCACCUUCAAUGUGAACGCAAUGGGUACAGGCCCAAGCGACUUCAGCGCCUUCAACAACAAUCCUUUCGCCGGUACCCCCUUUGGGGAAGGGAUUAACGUGGACCAAAACCAAUUCGGUAACCCAAACAUGAGAAAUCCUAUGAACCCUUUUGGCAGACAACAACCACAGGUCAGCUUUAUUGACCCCAGCGACCUCCCACCAAGUGUUCGAAUGGCGAUGAACAUGAACGGAAGACCUGUCGGGGGAUUCAUGGGGCCCGCUCCCGGCGGUCUGCCCGGACUGGCGGGCUUCACGGGCUUCCAGCCUCCCGUACUGACACCAAUCCAGCAACAAAGCCGAGGUGGUAUUGGGGGAUUUUUAAGCAGAAUUUUUGGUUAGGGGAACUUUGACUUCAAGGAAGAUGAUUCAUCAAGAAGAUUCCGUAUCAAAUACAACGCGGUCAUCUUUGUUACUGAAAUCACAGAGUUUCCCAUUAAAAAAUAUAGUGCUAAAUUACAGGAAUUGUAUGAGUAAAAAAAUAUAAAAAUACAAAAAGACUGCAAUUGCUGAAAUGUCCCUUUUACUUUUCUUAAAAAAAAAUUAUAAUAUAUGCAGUAUUUAAAAGCCCUGUUCUCUUGAAUAAACAAGAAAUGUUACAUUUGUAACUAAAGUCCUUGUUUUUACCAUAUCUCAAUCGUGUUCACUAAGACAAUCCAUUAGCUACUGUUAUAUUCUCUCUGAAGAGAAAAUUAAUCUAUUUAUUUGCGAAACUGUUUGUUGAAAUAAAUUGUUGAUGUUACAUAAAA